AUGAAGACACAAUAUAAUAAAAAGAAGGAGCAGCAGGUAAAGACAGAAAAUAAUAAAAAGAAGCAGAACAAGGAGCCGAUUCCUCCUAAGAAGGCCAAGAAGACAGAAAAUAAUAAAAAGAAGGAGCAGGCAAAGAAGACAGAAAAUAAAAAGAAGGAGCAGGUAAAGAAGACAGAAAAUAAUAAAAAGCAGAACAAGGAGAAGAUUCCUCCAAAGACGGCAAAGAAGACAAAAAAUACUAAAAAUACUGUUAGGAAAACAGAAAAUAACAAAAAGAAGGAGAAUAUUCUUCCAACGACGGUAAAAAAGACAGAAAAUAAUACAAAUAAGAAGAUUCCUCCCAAGACAGCAAAAAAGACGGAAAAUAAUCAAAAGAACGGGGAGAUUCCUCGGAGGUCGGCAAGAAAUCCCACACCAAAUCCAAAAAUAUUCACACAUGCAAAAGACCAGGUCAAGACUCGUCCGAAGAGGACAAUGAUAAUGAUAAAAAGGAGCUCUGCUAUACAAACUCAGCAACAGUGGGACGCCUUGAUAAGAAGGGUGGCGGCAAAUUCCAUCCGGUUGCGGCAGUUGGCUGCGGAAAAAAAAGAAAUGCGCAAGAAAAUUGAAGCCCUGAAAGAAGCUCAGAAACGGUUUGAAGAGAAAAGAAACAGACAAAUUGAAGAACUGGAAAAUUCCUUUGCGGAAUCGAAGCGUGAGGAGGAGCAUCAGUUGGAAAUGCUGAAACAGCGGAAACUGUUGAAGAAACAGAUGAAGGAAAAAAUUAAGGCAAAAAAGAUGUACGUCUAAGCACCAAAUUCUAUGAAUUUAAAAAAUAAUAAUUUCAAAUAAUUUUAGUGUUGAAAGGAAGAAACGGAA